AUGGAGGGCUGCGAUGCAACCAUUGUGCCGGUACUGGGCUCGUCGUCUGGCAAGACGAACGCAAGCGACUACGAGCAGCUCAUCGACGAUGGCUUCCUCUUGACAUGGGAGGCCCCCCCUCCCCCUCUGCCUGCAGCAACACAUCGUAGGCACAAUAAGAAGUUAGUUUUGAUAGAAAAGAUUCCUCGAUUGCUAGACUUUCAGCUUACAUGCCUUAACAACAGUUACCCACUUUUACCGAGCUCCGUGCACCACACCCUCGGCUUUGCAAUCCUCAAUAUCUCCUAUGGGGAACGCAGCUUGCACGUCAUUGAUCUGGGCAAGCUGCAACUAUUACACGACCCGCCCAAGAUCUUCAGCCGCUGCUUGCCGGUCUGGAACACCUCUGCCAAACUGGGCGGCCCGUUUAAGAUCUCCCCCGUCAACCUGGAACUCAUCUUGUACAACUGCACGGAGAAGGCCGCAGCUUUGGCACGCCGGGAAAAAGAACUGGUUCAGGCGAAGACGAUGAGGUGCGUGAACACGAGCAACACGUUUGUUGGCGCGGGAGUGCCGUACGACCGCACCGGGAACUACUCCGGGUUUGCUUUGGAGGGCUGCGUUCCAAUCGUCUUUCCGGUGCUGCGCUUGCCGUCCGGCGAGACGAACGCAAGCCACUACGAGCGGCUCAUCCACAGUGGCUUCCUCCUGAAAUGGGAACUGCCCCCUCCUCGUAGUGAGAGGAGAGCGAAGAAGAUUAUACUAAUAGGUAUACCAUCAGCAGCUGCAACCUUUCUCUUUGCAUGUCUUUAUGUACUCAUAUGGCAUGGAAACGGGAAAGGACUAUGGUUUCUCCUUUGCAAUAGUAGCAGUAAAACUGAAAAAAAUUACGAGGCCAUGAUAGUCUCAUAUGGAUCCCUAGCUCCAAAAAGAUACAUGUACUCAGAGGUAAUGAAGAUAACGUCUUCUCGCAACAAUCAGCUUGGUAAAGGUGGUUAUGGUGUGGUUUUCAAAGGAAAACUACAUGAUGGUCGUCUGGUUGCAGUGAAAUUCUUGCAUGACUACAAAGGAAAUGGAGAUAAGUUUGUGAAUGAGGUUAUGAGCAUUGGCAGGACCUCUCAUGUUAAUGUUGUUAGCUUAGUUGGGUUUUGUUUGAAGGGAUCAAAACGAGUUCUUAUAUAUGAGUACAUGCCCAACGGUUCCUUGGAUAAGUACAUUUACUCAGAGAACCCCAAAGAAAUUUUAGGAUGGGAGAGGCUCUAUGCGAUAGCAAUCGAGAUUGCUCGUGGCCUCGAAUACUUGCACCAUAGCUGUAAUACACGUAUCGUCCAUUUCGAUAUCAAGCCCCAAAAUAUCCUUCUAGACAAGGAUUUCAGCCCAAAGAUUGCUGAUUUUGGUCUGGCUAAGUUGUGUCAUACAAAGGAGAGCAAGCUUUCAAUGACUGGAGCUAGAGGAACAAUUGGAUUCAUCGCCCCAGAAGUUCACUCCCGAACCUUUGGAGUGGUUUCAACAAAGUCAGACGUUUAUAAUUAUGGAAUGAUGCUGCUGGAGAUGGUUGGAGGGAGGAGAAAUGUUAGAUCAAUUGUUGCAAAAUCCAGUGAAAAGUAUUUCCCUGAUUGGAUUUAUGACCACUUUGCGCAAGAUGAUGGAUUACAAGCAUGUGAAGUCACAAAUGAAAUUGAGGAGAUUGCAAGAAAGAUGAUCUUAAUUGGCUUGUGGUGUAUACAAGUACUACCUGUGCAUCGCCCAAAUAUAACAAAAGUUCUAGAAAUGUUUGAGAGAAGCUUAGAUGAUCUGGACAUGCCGCAGAAGCAAAACUUCUGUGAACUACUCUAUUAUGUCAUUGCAGUGAAAGUUCAGCUCACAAUAUGGAUGUACAAAGUUCAAGUUCUACCAGACCUGAGGAGAUCAACCUUGCGAAUUGAAAAUCCGUUCAACCUGCUAAAAGGCAUUGGCUCUUAUGCCAAAGGCAGACAGCUACCUAACUUCUUGACUGGAAAUUUCCCCCAAAACUCAGUAAAUGCGAUUUAG